AUGAGUUGUGCUAAGGAUUUAAUCAAGUGGGCUGCUUCGACUUUUGGCUCCUUAAAGAAAAAAAUCCGAAAGGUUGAGCAGGCUUUAGGAGAGGCUCAAGCAGGGAGAGUUGAUACUCAGAUGCUACAUAACUGCACAAGGUUAUUCGCAGAGCUUGAUGAAUUAAGACGCCUUGAAGAAUCAUAUGGGUUUGCUAGAUCAAGGGCAAAUGAUUUACGAGAUGAAGAACAUGAGAAGCUGCAAUCUGUUGUAUCGGAUUACUUUGCUGAAUUAUUUGAAAUGGAGCACCCGUCAAAUUUUAAUGAGGCUCUUACAGGUUUAAACACCAUGGUGUCGGAGGAGAAUAAUGCCAGGCUUGAAGCUGAACAGAGUGAUUUUCCAUGCUAUGAAAAAAGGGGGGAAGGGAAAGAUAGGUCCAUUGCUCUUAAGCUUGACAUGAUGAAAGCGUACGAUAGAGUUGAAUGGGUUUUUUUGGAGAAGAUGAUGGCAAAGCUCGGUUUUUCUGUGCUGUGGAUAAAAAGAAUUAUGGAUUUCUUGGCUAGUGUCUCUUUUUCUUUUAAGGUGAAUGGUGUGAUUUCGGGUGAAGUUCAUCCCUUUAGGGGUCUUCGACAGGGAGAUCCUAUUUCACCAUACUUGUUCCUCCUGUGUGCGGAUUCUUUCUCCUCACUUUUGUCCCGUGUUGCGAGGGAAAAUAGAAUAAAAGGGGCCAGUAUCUGUAUUGGGGCACCUAGAGUCUCAUAUUUGUUUUUUGCCGAUGAUAGCUUAUUGUUUGCAAAAGCUACUCUGCAGGAAUGCUCGGUUGUUGCUGAUAUUAUCAGUAUUUAUGAAAGAGCAUCUGGUCAAAAAGUCAAUUUAGAUAAGACAAAUGUAACUUUUAGCAAAUGUGUGCCGCUGGAUCGAAGGAUGGAGAUUGUUGAGACUUUGGGGGGUAAGGGAGGUUGA